UUUGCCAUUAGAGGAAAUUAUUUGCAGUGCUGAGGUUUCUAAUGAGUUGAGUAAAUUAUCUCAAAAAGAUCAAUUGCAUUUUUGCAGUUGCUUACAGAAACACUAUGUUGUGGCUUCCAUAUAUAUGAUAGAAAAAGCUCCAAUUCAAUGCAAACUGUUGAAAUCAUUGACAUGUCUUCAACCAAGUAAUAUUAGUGAAAAAAGCACUUAUAAGGACAUUGUAAGAAUUGCAAGAGCUCUUCCAUAUGACAUUACUGAGGAUACUUUGCAGGAUGACUGGCGCCUACUUCAAUUUGAGCGAGUUGAGUGUGAUUUGACAGACUCAAAAGAUGAGAGAAUUGAUUCUUAUUGGAGUCAGUAUUUUAAAUUGGUUGACUCCCUUGGGAAUGCAAGAUAUCCCAGUGUAACCAAAUUGGUGAAAUCAGCGUUGACUCUCUCUCAUGGCAAUGCUGAUGUGGAACGGAGAUUUUCAAUUUCACGCCGGGCACUUCCUCCUGAUAGAGCAUCAAUGUCAGAAAGAAUGCUUAAUUCACUUUUGAUUGUUAAGGAGGGACUAAACAUGUAUGACCGAAGCCCACACCUUGUACCUAUUACAAAGGAUUUACUGAAAUUAGCUGCCUCAGAACAUAGAAAUUAUCAAGACCAAUUGGAAAAUGAAAAGAAGUUAAAAGAAAAAGAGCAGAAGAGGAUGCACAGAAAAAUUUUGAAGAACAUCAAAAGAGAGCUAUUCAUGUCAAGGAAAAGAUUAUGGCAUUGCAGUAGAGUUUAAAACAGAAAAAAAUAGAAGUGAAAUACACAAGACAGGCCAGGUUUUGUUAGAAGCAGAAAACAAAAGACUGGAGAAGGCCAUUAAUAGCAAGAAUAUGAAUGAAAUACGAGCAGCACAUGUCAUGCUUGUUAGUGUUAAAAGUGUUCAAAAGCAAGAGGAAGCAAAAAAGAAGGAAGCUGAAAACAUCCAGAAAAAUCUUAAUAAAAGAACAUCAUCUUUCAUGGCUGAUUAUUUACAGAAGAAGCCAAAGACUUAUUAAGUAUUCAUGGUUUACUGGAAAUAUUACAGUAUAUACAAAAAGUUUUAAAAUGUAUUUAACCAUAACA